GCCAGUCGAAAGAAAAACUUUUGGGGAAGAACAUACACCGACUCAUCAUAUGCGCACUUGUUCCUGCACCUCUCCACGCCCGGUUGAACUACAUUUCUCCAACGUCAAUAAGGGGAAGAAUGGAGUGGUAUGUCCUAGUGCUGGUACUUAGCUUACCAUCUUCAACCCAAGCGGACUGUUCCUCCCAGUGUCUGCAAUGCGCCCUGCAAAUACUCAAUACAGACAUCCCCGUCAACAGUCUGACCUGUACCUUGGAGUGUGAGGGAACUCUCCUGACCACCGCCGAGUUACACAAAUGCGGGAAGACCCUACAGACGCGCGCUGUAGGCUUUCCUGAAUUCAGCGAUGAGCAUGCGGGUGCACGGAGUGCGCCGGAGUGGGAGGAUGGUCAAGACGCUUCAAUUACAAACGAGGUCAAGGGAUUCGGUGGAUUCAUUAAACGAAUUGAUGAAAACAAAAACAAAUUGUUCACAUUUCCUUGGCGCGAAAACGGCAUUGUUAAAGGAUCGUACGCGUUUCCUACGAAAUAUGAGGACCUGCUUAGAAAAUUUGGAGAGAGAGACCUCCCGGAAUUUUUGGAAGACGAUCAGGCUGCGGGUGCUGAAAACGAGGUGGUAGAGGACAACGAUGACGCAGCAAUAAAUAAAGUAAAACGUUACGGAGGGUUCUUACGCAAAUUUGGUCCAAAGACAAAGUCAAAGAGAAGUGACUCCAGGGAGGAAGGUAGUCACGAGGAGCUGCAAAAGCGAUAUGGGGGUUUCAUGCGAAGGAUUCGGCCGAAGUUGAACAACUUAAAUAACUUGAAGUGGGACAAUCAGAAGCGAUAUGGUGGCUUUCUACGUCGCCAUUACAAAUUAUCCGUUCGUUCAGAUGAGGAACCUUAUUCAUAUGAUGACUUCAGUCUAUAGAAACUUAUCCGGCAAAUAACAUACCACGAUUAUACGAUAUUAUCCAUAUGUGUGCUGCCUUCUUCUGUGUGACGGAUUUACAUGACGAACCAAUUAAUUUGUGUUUAAUUAGUA